ACCAACAACAUUAUCGACAGAACAUAGUGAAGUAUAGUGACUUACACGUUUUCCUCGUCUACCACUCGGACUAACAAAUAAAAACGUUCAAACAAGUACGUAAUGUCCUAUUACGUAACUGACUUUUUUCAGCGUGAAGUUUGUAGUGCGAAUGUCAGCUGUUAGUAUCGUAAUUAGUUUAUUGCCGUCAUUUAUACCAAAAAUAAGAUGAAUAGCAUUUGUGCAUAAAAAAGUGUAAUGUCUGGCUCGCUUGUAAAAAACAUUUUGUUAUUUUUUUAAGACUUAUUAAACUUAUCGUUAAAAUACAUAAACAGAUUGACCCAAGAUGAUAGGCAAACGACAGGGGUCAUCUCGUCGGAAUGAUAUUUACAAAAAUUUUCCUUAUAAUCUGGUCAGUCGAAAGUUGAAUUUAAUCGAAAUUUGUUGUCGUAAAAUUUUCAAUCAAUUCUCCUCAAUUUGAAUUUGAUGCCAUGGGAACUUCAAAUACAGGAAAAGUGUUGUCCGGCACCGAAUUGUCAAAACAAAUUCGUGAUCAGCUGAAAGAAGAUGUGAGUGUCUGGAAAGCAAAAUUGCCGGGAUUUUCUCCUGGACUGGCAAUAGUUCAAGUUGGUGGUCGCGAAGAUUCUAAUGUUUAUAUUCGAAUGAAAAUUAAAGCAGCAAAUGACAUUGGCAUUGAAGCGCAUCAUUUGAAAUUACCACGGACUACCACCCAGCAGGAACUAAUGAGCAAGCUAAGGAAAUUGAAUGAUGAUCCCAAAGUUCAUGGAAUCAUCGUGCAAAUGCCGUUGGACUCAAUAAAUAAAAUUGAUUCGCAUGUGAUCACCGACUUCGUUAGCCCCGACAAAGACGUCGAUGGAUUGCAUACCAUGAAUGAGGGCCGUGUAGCUAUCGGCGACCUUACCGGAUUUUUACCAUGCACUCCGAACGGAUGCAUCGAAUUAAUUAAAAUGAGUGGCGUUCCGAUGGCUGGAUCGAAUGCAGUUGUAAUUGGUAGAAGUAAAAUUGUCGGCACACCAAUAUCAGAAUUGCUGAAAUGGAACGAUGCCACAGUGACUGUUUGUCAUUCCAAGACCAAAAACUUAGCUGCAGAGGCUAGAAAAGCAGAUAUAUUAGUUGUUGGUAUCGGUAGACCUCAGAUGGUUAAAGGAGACUGGAUAAAACCCGGAGCAGUAGUUAUUGACUGUGGCAUCAAUUCAAUACCUGAUCCGUCAAAAGCAUCCGGUCAAAGACUUGUCGGCGAUGUUGAUUAUGAAGAAGCGCGUAAAGUUGCCGGAUACAUAACACCUGUGCCUGGUGGCGUUGGACCAAUGACAGUUGCUAUGCUUAUGAACAACACAGUUCUCUCAUCGAUAAAAGCUGCAAAAAAAUUGCUGUCGUCGAACUGGGACUUCCAACCACUUCAGCUAAACGUAUUGAGACCAGUGCCUUCUGACAUUGACAUAUCUCGAUCACAAGAGCCCAAAAAUAUCCUAAGACUGUCCGAGGAAAUUGGCCUGAUCAACGAUGAGGUUACGUUGUAUGGUACGAAAAAAGCAAAGAUUGCACUAUCAACGCUGCAGCGAUUGGAGAAUGUGACGGACGGAAAAUAUAUUGUUGUGGCAGGCAUAACACCUACUCCACUAGGUGAGGGUAAAAGUACGACGCUUGUGGGACUUGUACAAGCGUUAUGCGCACAUAGGCAGAGGAAUGCGAUAGCCUGCAUGCGUCAACCGUCACAAGGACCAACAUUCGGAGUUAAAGGCGGUGCAGCUGGUGGAGGCUACGCUCAAGUUAUACCAAUGGAAGAUUUCAAUCUUCAUAUGACAGGCGAUAUUCACGCAGUUACUGCGGCAAAUAAUUUACUCGCUGCACAAUUAGACACAAGAAUGUUCCAUGAAUCGACUCAAACCAACCAACAACUGUUCGACCGUCUAGUUCCGAAAAUUAAGGGCGUUCGCAGAUUUUCGACUAUUCAGCUGCGACGGUUGGCCAAAUUAGGAAUCGGAAAAACUGAUCCAGACAGCCUAACCACAGAGGAAAUGGGAAAAUUUGCGCGAUUAGAUGUCGAUCCAAAUAAUGUCAUUUGGACCAGAGUGGUUGACGUCAACGAUCGGUAUCUACGUAAAAUUAUAGUGGGUGCUUCACCAACCGAAAAAGGAUUCACAAGAGAAACCAGCUAUUCCAUAUCAGUGGCGUCCGAAAUUAUGGCCAUACUCGCUUUGGCUGUAAGUCUGGAGGAUAUGAAGCAGCGAUUGGCACAAAUGGUGGUUGCGUUCGAUCGAUCUGGAAAUCCCGUAACUGCCGAUGACAUUGGUGUAACAGGAGCGCUGAUGGUUUUGCUAAAAGACACCAUCGAACCGACUCUAAUGCAAACAUUGGAAGGAAGUCCGAUUUUCGUUCAUGCUGGUCCAUUUGCCAACAUUGCCCAUGGAUGUUCCUCAAUUAUUGCUGACAACAUCGGAAUGAAAUUGGUGGGAAAGGAUGGGUUCGUACUGACUGAGGCCGGAUUCGGUUCCGAUAUCGGAAUGGAAAAGUUCUUCGACAUCAAGUGUAGAACAUCCCAAAAAACUCCUACUGCAGUUGUUUUGGUAUGCACUGUUCGAGCGCUGAAAAUGCAUGGCGGUGGACCACCAGUAACCGCUGGUUCGCCUCUGAAAAAGGAGUACACAGAGGAAAAUAUUGAACUGCUUGAGAAGGGGUUGCCAAAUCUGAUCAAACACAUAAGCAAUGGAGUGAAAUUCGGAGUACCAGUUGUAGUUGCUAUAAACGCCCAUGGAGCUGACACUUCAGCUGAACAUGAACUAGUGCGAAAGGCUGCCUUGGCAAAUGGUGCUUUCGAUGCUGUCGUUUGCACUCACUGGAGUGACGGUGGUGCUGGCGCUACAGGUCUGGCCGAUGCCGUAAUAAAAGCAUGUGAAACACCCGAUGACAAAUUCAAAUUCUUGUACGAAUUGAAUUCAUCGAUUGAAGACAAAAUAACAAAAAUUGCAAAGGAAAUGUACGGAGCUGGUGGUGUUGAAUUUACCCAACAAGCUAAAGGCAAGAUUGAGCUGUACUCGAAAUUGGGUUACGACAACUUAGCUAUUUCAAUGGCUAAAACAUCAAAUUCAUUAACUGGCGAUCCAGCAAUAAAAGGUGCUCCGACUGGAUUCACUUUGCUCGUCAAUGAUGUUUUAUUAUCGGCUGGGGCUGGUUUUGUUGUUCCCAUGUGUGGUGAAAUUUCAAAGAUGCCUGGCUUACCUACACGACCAUGUUUGUAUGAUAUCGAUCUUAAUACGGAAACUGGAGAAAUUCAGGGAUUAUUUUAGUUUCGGUUUUUAUUGUCUUAUAUUUUUCCGUGCCUUGUGACAUGUUAUGUCUUUCGAAUAAAUUUGUUGGUU